AAUGCAAGCAAAUCCAGCUUUACACACUCCUGCAAAAAAGAAUUGUACAUUUGAAGUUGAAGGAAGACCUGAUGGAGAAGGGUAUAUUAAAAAUAAAUUUAUAUUAUUUCAGAUAUUUAAAUUAAAACAAUGCUAUGUUCGGAAUAAUUGUGAUAUAAGAAUGGUGGGGUUUGAAUGAAUCAAUGGUUAAAACAACUGAUAGAAUAGCCAAGAUGGGAUUUUAAUGCAUUUCUCCUGAUAUUUAUAGGGGUAAAGUAGCCCAAAAUAGAGAAGUAAGAUCAAUCAAUUUUAUAAUAGGAAGCAGGCCAUCUUUUGGGAGGAUUAGAUUGGGAAGGAGCUGUCAAAGACAUUGAAGGAGCAGCAAAACAUUUGAGAGAAAUGGGAUGUAAAAAGGUUGGAGUUACAGGAUUUUGUAUGGGAGGAGCUUUAUCUAUUGCGGCAUUAUCUUUUUCAGAUUAAAUUAAUGCUGCAGCUCCAUUUUAUGGUGUCUGUGAUUUGGAUAAAUUUAAAUUGGAUAAUAUAAAAGGACCUAUUUAUGGAUAAUUUGGUGAGAAAGAUGAAAUGAAAGGAUUUUCCUCUCCAGAUGAUGCUUAAAGAUUAGUUGAAGCAGGGUAAAAAGCUGGAAAAAAUGUGAAAGUGAAGUAAAUAAUAUGUUUGAUUAUAGAAUAUGGCCAGGUGUUGGACAUGCAUUUAUGAAUUAAGACAGACCUGAAGCAUACAAUGCUGAAGUAGCUUAAUAAUCAUUAUAAGAAGUAGCAACUUGGUUUAAAUAAGUAUUUUCAUAAUAAUUAUGAAUAUAUUAUAAACAAUAUUUAUAUAUGCAAAGAUCCAUCUUAUAGUCAAAAUUCUUAUACUCAUUAGUUUAUCAAAAAGCAACUCCUACAACUACAAUUGGUGGAAAAUUGCCUGUUUAUGUCACACCUGCACCUUAUGGUUUGGUUGUAAUUUAGGAAUGGUGGGGUCUAAACUCAUCCAUUUGUAAAACAGCUGAUAUUAUGAGCUCUUAUGGUUUUAAGUGUGUUGUACCUGAUUUGUAUAGAGGAAAAAUUGCUAAGGAUACUGAAGAAGCAGGACAUCUACUUUCUGGAUUAGAUUGGAAAUAAGCUUUAAUUGAUAUAGAAGAAUCAGCUCGUUAUUUAAAAGAAGAAUUACAUUGCAAAAAAGUAGGAAUUUUAGGAUUCUGUAUGGGUGGAGCACUUAGUAUAGCAUCGAUUACAACUUCUAAAAUUAUCUCUGCAGCAGCACCAUUUUAUGGAGUAUGCGAUUUGAACACAUUCAAAUUAUCAAAUGCCAACGGACCUAUUCUAGCUUAAUUUGGUCAAAAUGAUGAUAUGGUAGGAUUCUCAUCAGUCUAAGAUGCUAAAAGAUUAGAAUUAACUGCAUAAUAAUAAGGAAAUAAAAGUUUGCAAGUGAAAAUAUGGCCAGGAGUUGGACAUGCUUUUUGUAACUAAGAUAGACCUGAAGUUUAUAAUUAAGCCAUAGCUAAAUAAGCUUUAGAUUUAGCAGCAAAGUUUUUACAUGAAAAUUUAAAAUGAU